AGACCGUCCCCGCCCAGCUGGCUAGAAAGCGAAGCGGAGGCCGAGCGGGCUGGCAGGGAGGUGGCUGUGGCAGUCUACACCAUGGCUUACCCUGGGCACCCUGGCGCCAGCGGCGGGUACUACCCAGGAGGGUAUGGAGGGGCUCCCGGAGGGCCUGCAUUUCCUGGACAAACUCAGGAUCCACUUUAUGGUUACUUUGCUGCUGUGGCUGGACAGGAUGGGCAAAUAGAUGCUGACGAAUUGCAGAGAUGCCUGACACAGUCAGGCAUUGCCGGUGGAUACAAACCUUUUAACCUGGAGACCUGUCGGCUUAUGGUUUCAAUGCUCGAUAGAGAUAUGUCAGGCACAAUGGGUUUCACUGAAUUUAAAGAACUCUGGGCUGUGCUGAAUGGCUGGAGACAACACUUCAUCAGUUUUGACACUGAUAGGAGUGGAACUGUGGAUCCUCAGGAAUUGCAAAAGGCCCUGACUACAAUGGGAUUUAGGUUGAGUCCCCAGGCUGUGAAUUCAAUUGCAAAACGAUACAGCACCAAUGGAAAGAUCACCUUCGAUGACUACAUUGCCUGCUGUGUCAAACUGAGAGCUCUCACAGAUAGCUUUCGAAGACGGGAUACUGCUCAGCAAGGUGUUGUGAAUUUCCCAUAUGAUGAUUUCAUUCAGUGUGUCAUGAGUGUUUAAAGCAAGAGGGAGCUGUAUGAACAUAAUCGACUUUCUGGCUGGAGUUCUCUUUUGCUCAUUCUUUGCCUUCAGUAAUGUAUGUAAACUUAAACCACCACACUUCCUUAAGAGCUAUUGUAAAGGUUCACUACUUUAUGUACAAUGGAAAUUUUGUUAUUAGUUUUGAUAAUAAAUUCUUUGCAAUUUUAUUAUGUAAGGUCAAGUUGAUUAUACCAUGUAGAACUUCUUUGAACCACUGUCAAGCAUGCCUUAUUUUCUUGCUAAGCCUCUUUUAUGUAAAUUAAGUGUAUAGAUGUUUAAAGCUCGUUCUAUAUUUUUUAUUGUAGUAUAUAAAAACUUGUCAGUCAACUAUAGCUGUUGUCUUUCCUGGCCUAAAGGGGCUUUUACAUGGUAUUGAAAGUUUUUGGUGUGGAGUAUUUUUCUUCUUAUGUAAAGGUUUUAUACCCACCUGGAUGUAAAACAAAACAUAGUGACCCAUUUCAGGGCUCACUUUAGUGGAAAACCAGCACAGGUUUUAAGGCUUACAGAUAUUUUGAUGGCCAUAUGAAUGAACAGAGAACAUGUGUGAUUAUUUCCUACCUCUUAAAAACCUACUGAAUAAUUUGGUAAAUACUGUCACCAAGUUCCUCUUGUCAUCACCCAGACAGACAGACAGACAGACCUGUCUAACUAUAUUAAAACCUUGUACAUUAUAAGCUUAACUUGUAAAAAAGAAAAUGGAUCAAAAAAGUCUAGAGGCAUAUGAAAAUAUUAAAUAUGGUUAUUUUUGAUUAAUGGAAUUCUAAGUGACUUUAAUUUCCUUUUGUAUAUCUCAGUAUUUUCCAAAAGUCUAGUGUGUGCUUUCCUUUUAAAAUAGAUGUUAAUUUUCAAAAUGUUGGUUCUUCCAUUUUGAUAUAAUAGGUAUUCAGGACUAGAAAGAAUACCAAAAUGUUGAUGUGUCUACUACUGGAAGUCAGGAUCAUGAAUUCAUUUUCUUCCUUCCUAUUAAUUUUCCUCUGGUAAGCAAGUAUUCACUUUACAGUGAAAAAAAAAACAAACUUUUUAAAAAAGCUAUGGGCUUUUAAGUAAGAUCUGGAUGCCAAUGCUGGCUGUUCCGCUUACUAAAUAUUUGGUUUGAUCAUUUUAGAUAAUAUCUAAAUAUUAUCUAAAUAGCCUCAGUUUCCCCUUUUUUGAAAAGGAGAUAUUUCAUGGGUAGUUUAAAGAUGAAAAAUAUGUUAGUUUAGUAAGCACCAAUCAUAUUUAUGUUUCUUAUAUUUAAUACUGCCUGAUUGGCUCUAUUUUGCAAGAUAGCUUAAUAGCUUAAUUACACAAUGAAGACAAGAUAGCUUAAUAACACAAUGACAUUAGUCUGUUUUCUCCGGAAUAUCUUUUUUUCUCCAGCAGAAUAUCUUUUUUUAGGGUGUAAUGUGAGUUAAAUGGGAGAGUUAACCAUUCAGAUGAUCAAUUAAUUAGUUGUCAAUCAGUAAAAAUAAAACACUUGCUAAGCAUGCUUAGCUGCAUUCUAUUAAUUAUUUCUUAAAAUAGCACAUAUAUACAUAUAAUUGACUCACUUAAAUAUUGAUUCAAUUCAAACAUAAUUAUGUAUUUCUAUUAGUAGUCACACCCCUACUCCAUAUUAAAAUGUAAGGGAGCCUGCUGUAUAUUUUGUGGCCAGUCUAGUUUUCAUUCCAGAUGUAGUAUAUGUGAGUCCACAAAGCUUCCUAGCACCUGAGCUGUCCAGAAAAUACCCAAGAGGGUCAGGAGGCCAGCAGGCAGAGAAUUCACUUCAGAGUCCCAGCACCUAUUAUUUGCUUCAAUUUCACUGGGAUCCUCUGAAGAGAUCAUGGUUUAAAAGAAUGGUGACUCCUGGGUGACUCUAACAUGAUAAGGAAGAAGGCCUGUGCUGACCCAUUCAAUAGGCCAUAUUUGAACUAUCCUACUGUAGUGAUUAGUCCCAAGGAGUAUUGCAUCAAUCAUGGUUCUGAAUUUGCUUUUGGAUAAAUGCUGAAAUAUUAUAAAACUAAGUUUCUGGGAAUACUUGAUUAAUUCAUUUUUAAUUAUUGAUAUCUCAUAACAAGUCUUAUCACUUCUGCUUUUACUUUUUCUUUCCCAAAGCAGGGAGCCUAGUCUUCAAUGUCUCUGCAAGUUAUUUAGUUGGAGCAUGGUAAAUCUAUGAGGUCAAACUUGAACUUGAAUUAUUUAGAGAAUUACGUUCCUCAAAUCACUCCAACUCAAAGUUUUAGAUAUAUGUGUGCUUUGGUCUUGUGCUUCAAGAGAUUCCUGAUUUAUAAAGUAUUUAUGACCUUUUCCAAGCACUUCCAUAAAAAGAUGGCUGCAGAGGGCCUGGUGUGUCUCCCCUGAGAACAAUGGUGUAGAUUUACACCAGUGCAGUCUUAUUUAAUGAAUCAUGGCUCUCAUUCCUGUUGAGCCAAAGUGGAAUUUAGACUUCACUUCAGUAUGAUAUUCCAGGUGGUAUGAUCAGCCCAUGAGAUGGCAUGCAAGUGAAUCUUGUUUCUGAAACACUUUGUUUUUGCUCAGCUGAGUGUAUAACUGCAUCAGUUUUCAUCUUAACAUUAUAUGCCUUGAAUAUUAUAAAUAUAAGAAAUAGGGCUACAUGUAAUCACCAUAAAAUUUUUAAAUAUCAUAAUAAAUGUGCAAACUCUUAGUCAAUGACUUUGAUUUUUCUCACAUUAAAAUUGUACCUUUUCUGGGCCUCCCUGGCACAGGGAUUAAAGUCUCAGUGCUAUCAAGCUAUCAGCAGCCACUGCAGCAUGAGUUCCAUCCCAGGGUGGGAGCUAAACCACAUGGUGCAGCAGACCUCUCCUGUCUUGCCUGCUGCUCCCCUCAGCAGUAUAUUUCAGUAGAUCUGCCUCUUCUGCUCCCAACUCUGUCUCUGGUGAAUCCUCACUCCACUCCCCCCACCCCUCACACCUAUGCCCUAGACCACAGUUCUUGUAGCAUAAAUAUAAAUAAAUCUUUUUUUAAAAAUGUGCCUUUUCCUACAAUGGUGAUACCUGAUGGAGAGAUUCCAAUGUUACCACAAUUAAGAGUUUUAAAAAAAAUAAAAAGACAAGCACUAAAAAAUAAAACAGCACCUUGACUAUUUACAACUACAUUUUUCUUCCACAGAUCAUGAGUUGCAAACAAGGAAAUUCAAAGUGUGAGGGUAAAAACUGGGGGUUAGAUGGAUCUUGAGAAAUCAAUGAAGGCAGGUGACACUAUAUUUUUUAGGCCAUGAACUCAUGAACCUCAAGUGAAUUCCCAGAGCCCAGUGCUUUAGAAUGUGACACAAGAGAGCUUUUAAAAUAUAGUAUUGGGC